AUGAGGGGUGGUUUCCAUCUUCUGCUCAGCAUCGUGGCUGCCCUCAAACCUCUGGUGAAGCCCAAGAUUGUCAAAAAGAGGACCAAAAAGUUCAUCUGGCACCAGUCAGACCAAUAUGUCAAAGUUAAGCGUAACUGGUGGAAAACCAGAGGUAUUGACAACAGGGGGAAGAGAAGAUUCAAAGGCCAUAUUCUGAUGCCCAACGUUGGUUAUGGGAGCAAAAAAAGCACAAAGCACAUGCUGCCCAUUGGCUUCCGGAAGUUCCUGGUCCACGAUGUCAAGGAGCUGGAAGUGCUCCUAAUGUGCAACAGACCAGAAGAAGCCUCAGGACACAGCAACAAGGAACACAGUACAAUAUCCUUCAUGGAAUCAGGAAAGUGA